CUGUGUCCCAACCGAGGGGGCGAUCCCUACAACGAUCCCACCGGACCUGUGCACAUUGUCGCGGGAUCAGCGGGCAACAAGGAGAAUCAGGAUCCAUUUCUACCCACUCCACAGCCCUGGUCGGCUUUUCGAUCCGACGAUUAUGGUUAUAUGAGGAUUACUGUAGUAAAUGCCACAUACAUGCACCUGGAACAGGUCUCCGUGAAGCCUUUCCAUGGUUAUUUGUUCCCCUCCAAGGAGACCGGAAAGGACACACUGUGA